UUUCUUUUUUAAGUUAAUUCACUUCUUCUAGUUAUCUUAUUUUCUGAUUUUGUAGUAGAUCAUCUUUUAAUUUCUGGAUCUCCUCUAUUUUCUUUUUUUGAGCUCCCUUCUUGGAAUUUCAGAGGUGAAAAUGGUGAGACAAAAGAUUCAGAUCAAGAAGAUUGACAACUUGACAGCAAGGCAAGUGACUUUCUCAAAAAGAAGAAGAGGGCUUUUCAAGAAAGCUCAGGAGCUCUCCACUCUUUGUGAUGCUGAUAUUGGCCUCAUCGUUUUCUCUGCUACUGGAAAACUUUUUGAAUAUUCAAGCUCCAGUAUGAUGCAACUGAUUGACAAGCACAAGGUGCACUCAGACAGGGAUAUGGAUAGUCCAGACCAACUGCAAUCUUUUAACCUUCAGAGCGAGAAGAAAAACUAUGGAAUUCUUAGUAGGGAAUUUGCGGAGAAGAACCGGGAGUUGAGGCAACUUAAUGGAGAAGAGCUGCAAGGACUUGGCUUGGAGGAAUUAAUGAAAUUGGAGAAAAUAGUCGAGGGAGGAAUAAGUCGUGUCAUGAAAAUUAAGGGUGAAAAGUUUAUGAGAGAGAUCAGCUCCCUCAAGAAAAAGGAAGCUCAACUACAAGAAGAGAAUUCCCAGUUGAAAAAGCAAUCAGAACAGGCAAGAUUGAAUGAAGUUGAGGGCCAUAAUGCAAUUGAGGGAGGACAUUCCGCAGACUCCAUCACGACCAAUCACAGCUUAGUCAAUGGUCAUCUCGAUUACAUUGACUCAGUUACUAGCCUCAAGUUAGGCUUGCCUAUUCCUUAUUGAGCUUGGUUUGUGAACUGAAGAUAUAUAGUUACUGAAAGAAGAAAGGGUAACUCUCUAUUGAUGCAUCAUCUAAUGAAAUAUAUAAAUUGAUUAGACCAGUUGACCAGACCUCGAAAAACUUUGGGAUUAAUCGAGGAGGGGUCAACAGUCUAAUGAGAAUGUUGUUUCCAGCAGAUGUGGCUAGAGCUAUAUAUAGGUACUAUCGUCUAUCUGUUGAUAUUCUAUUCAAUCAUACGUACUAUAUCAUCUUACUUUGCAAGGUCACGUGAUGCCUUGAAUUGGCUAGUUCGUGUAUAUAUAAAUAUAUAUUUGUAUUUAGGACAUCUCUUAUGGAAGCACUUUGUAAUUCGGUAUUA